AUGUUAUCCUCCAAAGUGUACUCCCCGCCAGAGAUGGAGCGUCCGGCGCUGCAGCUGCAGGAGCUUCAGGAGCUGCAGAAGCAACAUAACCAGCAGGUGCAGGAGGCGCAACAGCAACAACCGCAGGGCGUAACGGGACUGGGAGGUCUUGCGCGAGGAGCAGGAGCAGCCGAGCUCCCAGCCCCCAACAACGGCGGCGAGCGUCCUGUUCGGGAGUCCAACUACAACGGACGAGUCCGCAACAGUGAACGAGCCAGUGUCCGAGCAAGCUCUGGCGUCCUUGGUCGACAACACCCUCACCGUAGCUCCUUUUCCAUCUAUUCCAACUAUUCGUCCUAUUCUUCCUCAUCAGACGGAGGAGGGGCCCGAGGCUCGGUUCCAACUGGCGCCGGAGCUGGAGUAGGAGGGGGGGCACCAACGCACCCACCACCGCUACCACGUCAACCGACGCCGACCCCGUAUACGGCGCAACAGCCGCGGCGUAUCCCCAUGAUGGAGAUGGUGACGCCGCAGGCUCCCGGAACGGCAGGCACGGCUAACACGGCGGGGACGGACGCCACGGCCGUGGCGGGAACCGAGUCGGUGAAGCGGCAGCCCUCGCAGCAGCAAGUGCGGCAACCGCCGCCGACGUACGCCCCGUCGCAGGAUCCGUACAGCCGAGUGAGGUUCGCGGACGAGGAGCGGAGGCGAGAAGAGGCGGCGGCGAGGGCCAGGGCGGGGCACCCGUCCGGACAGAUCGAUAUGGCGCAGAUCGCGGGCGGGCACAGCAUGCGUGCCCUCUGGGUGUUUGCGUGUUGUGCCUUCUUCUGCUAUCGGUGUUUGAUGGAUGAGGAUUUUUGA